AUGGCAAUUCCAGUGGCACCUCAACCAGUCCAACAACCAAAAUCGUGGGGUGAGUAUCUAAAGAAACUUAAAAACAGCACAUGCUCGGACGGAUGUCGUUCACUACGCGUUGAACAAGCUACCAUAGAUAUAAAAUUUAACAGCGUUUAUUACAUUGCACAAUGUAAUAAACGCUGUUAAAUUUUAUAUCUCUGCCAUCUUUUCCAUGUUUUGAAUAGUCUAUGUUUUUUAAACAGUGCUUUUAAAACACUUUGCCCCAAUAUGCGAGCAUUUUGGUGAAUGUGUGUGUACUCACGUAAUUUAUGCAAAUUAACUAAGCCGUCAAAAUUAUUAAUUCUUGCUGCUGUUUCGUUUUGAAAAAUUACAUCAGUGUUUCACCAACACGGUGUCACCCUCAGCACCUGUCAAAACUGCUUUCAUUAUUAUGUUUAACGUUAAAAAAUUUUCCUUCCCUUUGGUUUUAUUCUUUUAAUUUCUUUUUCAUCACAGAGACAGUGCCUAUUGUUUUUAGGCAUCUUUGAUCUCAGAUUCAUUCUUAAUCUUUAAUUAAUCACUUUGUUAAUAUUGGAAGCUUAAUUCAAGAAAUGUGAUUCUCUUUUUUUCAAAAUUUUGACCUUAUUUUAAAAUGUAGGAGUGGUCAUAGUAAGGGAGUGCGUCCAAAUAUCGGUCGGGAACCUGAUCAUCGGAAACGGACCCGAUUAAUUUUUCAAUGGUUCGGAAUCGGUACCAGUCUGUAGGCAGCAGUAUCCUCCUCUGUCCUGUGGCAAUAAAAAGUUAAAGUACACAACAUGGUAACAGCAUUUGCAUUUUGGUCGUGGAUGUUCUGACUUCUUUCUUUUUUUUUUUUUUUUUGCUUAAAGUCCUUAAACUGUUAAUGCCUCCAAAGAUCCCUAUAAUCAUGCAUUUUGGGUUAGCACGGGCCUAAGCUAUUUUCAAAUUAUCAUUUUGAGAUCGUACACAUACAUUGCGCCCUCUUUUACUCAAAAGAUGCUCUUCAGCAUUGCUGAAUAACCCACUGUUUCAUCUCGUGCCAAUUUUGAUACACAAAUUUAAUCUUUUCUGUUCAUACUCUGGCAUAGGAAAUCAAACAAAUGUUCAUAAAAUAAUGUUAUGUUAAACAUCGUUGAAAAAACAAGACACAUUUAUAAGAAAUGUAAUGCUAAAAAUAAUAAGAAACACUUUAUCUGCUGGUCUACAACAUAUAAGUUGGAAAAAUGUGUUUGUGCAUCGAAAAGCAGUCAUUCUCUCUUUUGCUUUGUUAACAUUUUAAGUGACGUGACCGGUGAGCUGCCAGAUAUUUUUGAUGACUUUUGUUAAUUGGCCCGAUAAAGAAGAGACCUAUUGCUGAUUCCGUUUCAUUCAGUGCCAAUAAUAUCGGGUCCAACAUUCAAUGGAAUCGGAAAAAAUCGGUACCCAAUAAUUGAUCGGCAUCAGUGUGACCCGAUGCCGAUAUUUGGAUGCAUUCCCUAUUAAAAUCCUUUCCUUGUUCAGACCCUUUGUACAAUUUUUGGUACAUGUUUGAUGACAUGGUCCUUUGAGAAUUUGACAGAAUUUAAGAAGUAGUUUACUGGUAGAUUGCAAGAUUAUAGUUAAUUUAUCAUGUCCUUUAAACCCAAACUGCUAAAAGAAACCCUCAAAUGUUCAUGUGGCAACAUGCAAAAAUUAAUCAUAACCAGGUCAGUUCAUUAAGAAACUGCAAAAAAAAAUGGGUGCCCUAAAAUGUUAACUACUGUAAGGGGGUGUUUGCAUGAGGAAACUUGCACCGGCACAAGUUUCAUACCAGGAUAACUUUUUGAUUUUGUAUCGUGUUUACAUGAUGAUGGGUCAUUUCAUAUCUUGCUUAUUUGAAGGUACACUUCAUGUUAAUAAAACACAGGUGCAAUUCAAGAUCGCAAACAUUACGCAUGCGCUGUCUCAGUCCAUCCGCAGACCAAUUUCACACCCAAAUGGUGGUCAAUGUUUCGUGUUUACAAGAUACUAGCGUGAAAUUUCAUACGGGUGUGAAAUUCUCACUCUGGUACAACAACCAUGCAUGACAUUUUGUGGUGGUAUCAUGUAAACAAAUAUAGAGCCAUGAGAGGGAGCCAGAGUGAACUCGCGCCGCCUUGAAAGUGGCCCGGUGUCACGUAAACACCCCCUAAGAGGUACAGUAAAAAGGAGUUCAAACCGUUAUCAGCGCAGAGUUUAGAGCUAACUCGAAACAAGUUAGUACGUCCACUUUAGUUUCCUCAAAGACAAGUUGUAGUCUUGUGCCAAAAGAUGGGCCUAUAAAAAGAGGCCUUAUUAGGUCGGGGAAGGCUAAAAAGUGGCAGUUUACAUUAUGACAUUUUGUCAUCAUUAUUUUUAGAGCUAAGCUUGUAUGAGCUUCAUCGCACACCUCAAGAGGCCAUCACUGAUGGAACAGAGAUUUCCAUAUCGCCUCGCAGUCUCCACAGUGAACUUAUGUGCCCAAUUUGCUUAGAUAUGCUGAAGAACACAAUGACAACCAAAGAGGUGGGUGUGCAAGUUUGUUCAAGUUUAUGUUACAUGCACUCUUAUAUUAAAAUAGAUCAGUUUUCUGUUAUGUUUUUUUUCCCACUGGGACUACACAUGUGUAUGCAUAACAUGUUCAUUGUAUAUGUUUUUUUGAAUGUCAUAGUGUUUACACAGAUUCUGUCAGGAGUGCAUAAUAACAGCAUUGAGGAGUGGGUACGUAUAUGAAGUCAUCCCCUGUACAUGUACAUAUACAAAUAUGUACAUAACCUUUACCUAGUUUUAGCUCAAAGUUGCAUGCAAUAUAUAUAUAUAUAGAAGAUGUAACAAUGCAGCAUAAUACCAACAGCAGAUUUUUAAAAUACUGGUUUAUGAAGAGAUAAUUGAACCUCCACAUGUAACCACAACACAACAAAAUUGUCUCCGUUAAAACCGUAUAGUUAAAACCUCUCAUAAACUGGUAACCAUCUCUUGAAAGCAACCAUGAUCACCUAUGAGGCAACACUUUUAUAGUAAUUUCCGUGUUUUUAUUCCCAUGUAAGCAACCACUUGACACGUGUAUGCACUUCACCUAGUCAGGGUAUGCAGAGACCUUUUAGUGACAACAGUCAUGUAAAUGCAAUGCAUGUUUUAUAAUGAACUAAAAGCCCACAUCAGUAUAUUGAGUACAGGGUAAAUAAAUCAUGUUCAUGUUACAGGUAAAGGGGGGAAUUUCAUGUAUCCCAUGAUGCAUCUCUUCAUACUAUCAUUAGAAGCUAGCGAGGAAGGUCUUUGCUUCAGUACAUCCUGUUUUAACAUGCGUUGAUAAAGGUCUCCGUGGAUCAACAAGCAAUUUCCACGUACUAGUCAAUACAUAUUCUAGGUGUGAGAUUUCUCUUCGUUGCUUGUUGGUGAUCGCAGUGCUCAUAUUGUCAUUUCAAUAAUUCAUUGAUGCAGUACAUCAACUGUACGGUGACCGCACGUGCUUUUACUUCAACAAGCUCGGCUUAUGUAGUCGAAAAUACCGAGGCCAUUAAAAUGCAAAGUGACGUCUAGUUUUUGAUGAUUGAAAGUCAUCUGAAUAAAUAUUCACUCGCGAGUUAAAACAGCAUGGCUUAACAGGGUCGUAAACAAGAGCAAUAAUGCGUGAAAUGACCAUGGAAACAUUUUACAUUAUUAAUCAGAUACCAAAGAUUAACAGGGCUCAUUGAAACUUACCUUGGAUGAAUGCAUCUUGAAAUUCAGGCCGUUGAAAAUCUUCCUCGAAACCCUCGAACGCUCUUUCCACCGCGGAGAGAAGACAGAAAUUUGCCAUGAAGCAUCAUGGGAUAUAUGAAAUUCCCCCCUUUGUUACCGGUCAAAUUUGAUUUCAGGUUAAAUUAUUUUAACCUAGGUUGAUUCUCAAUUUCCUUGGUCUUUUUGAGCUAGGAUACAGAGGAAUUGAGAAUCGACCUACAAUAGGUUAAAUCAAAUGUACCCUGAAAUCAAAUUUGACCUGUAACGUACAUUAACAUAUUAAAUUGAACAUAGCAGGGCUGUCAAAAAACUUUUAAGUAGCAGACUGAUGAUGAAUAGUAGGCAGCUUUGAAACUCGCACCUAAGGCACAAGUUCUUGAGGGCCAAGGCAUCUAGGAACAUUUUUAAAUUUUAGAGUCUCAGAAAUGGCAUUUCCAGGGGUAUUUUAAUUCCACCACGGACGCCAUGUUGUUUUCUCAGACUUGGAACAGUCCCGUAGAAAUGUCCCAGGCGUUCCAAGACAUCGCACUGGUUUGAAUUCACAGAUUUAAAAAAAGGAAUAUGCAUUCAGUGCUAUUCAAAACUGGGAGCUGAAUGCUUUACAAUUUUAUUCAGUGGUGCUUAUUUUUUGUUAGCCAGCUAAGGAUAGCUAACUAGCUGGUGGUUUUGGCUGGCUACCAGCUCUUAUUGACAGCCCUGCAUGGACACACAACCUAAAUCAACAGAAAGGACUAAAACAUUAUUAAAGUAACAAACGGAUAGACAUAUGGCAGCACAGCACUCAACAUUGAUUACUAGUCUUAUCUCCUGCAGUGUAUUGUUGUGUUUCUCGAGAAUAAAACCAUGUUGUUUGAAGAAUUUAUUAAAGGAUAUGAGAAGUAGAAUGGACUUCAAACAUUUUUAAGGCUUUGUUGAUUUAUUGAUGAGAUCUAUAAUUAUGUUUUUGUAACUUGCAUUCGCAGAAACAAGGAAUGUCCAACAUGUAGGAAAAAGCUGAUUUCAAAGCGAUCCUUACGUCCUGAUCCCAAUUUUGAUGCCCUCAUAGCGAAAGUAAGAUAUUUCAAUUUAACUUUUUUAAGAAUAUUUUGUGAACUGCACAAUUGCUAGUACCUGUUGCUGUAUUGUUUAAAUUAUUGUCAAGCCAUUGGUUCUCCAUUUUAAAGGUGUAAUGAGUUACUUUUAAACAAUGCACACACUGUCAAAAGUUGGAUUAUUAGUUAAGUGAUUUGUGUACAAAAUUGUAUGCUUUCAGAUCACUCCAUCAAUUUCUUUUUCCUUUUUCCUUAGAUGUAGAGUAAUUAAAAUAAAACUAUUAUGAUAGAAAUAAGAAUAAUUGUCACUUAAAAUAUUUUCCUUCCUUUCCUUUCACUUUAUUUUUCUUUUAACUGGGCCGCCUAGAUAAGCAAAAGCAGAUUUGUGGGCCAGUCCAUUGUAAUUACUAUUUUUACUAAAUAAAGUUGAAGUUGAAGUUGUAAUUUGACGUUAUUUAAAGAUUACAUACACUGUACCUGUUUUAUGUACAUGGUGUAAAGGUUUCUUACUCCCGUAACUUGAUUAUCUGCAUUUGCAAUAUUUUUUUAGAUUUACCCGGACAGAGACGAAUAUGAAGCACAG